AUGGUUGAAAUCAAUUCUGCCACACAUUCAUCAUCACCAUCAUCAUCACUUCAAGCCCCUUGUUGUACGGAACCAUCCAAAUCAUUCACUGCAACCAUGAUGAACAAAAAGAAGGUUUCGAUUGCAGCAGCUGUUCCUUCUUCUUCUUCUUGUGGUACGACUCCAACAACAAAACUCCAACAGCAACCUUCAGCAACAUUCGUCGGAGAGUACAAUAUGGUGGUUGUGACCACUAGUACUAGCUCGAGUUCGAAACAAGUUCAACACAUUCCAACCACCACCAUGUUGAACGAUCCCAGAACCCUCACAAAUGUGUUGUUGAGUGAGAAUAUUGCGACUCCUCCUCCUCCUCAGGCAAUAGCAGCCACCACAAGCGCACCACCAAAGAAGGGUUUGUUGAAGAGAAUUUCCGAUCAUUUGUCCCACUCUUCAUCCAUGAUCAUGGACAGUAUGUUGCAUAUGAGAAGUCACUCUCUUGCAACUUCUCAACAAGCGGAGGAGGAUUUGGGUGUCUUCUUUCCCAAGUAUCAUCCCUCACCAUCACACACCCAAACCAUGACUAAGGAAUCAAAAUCAGCGGAUGAUCAUUUAUCUAAGAAAACAACAACACCGCCACUCAAUGAGAAUAGCCAUGAUCAUGGUGAAAGCGGUAAUGAACUUACUGCAAAUGUCGUCGAAUCGAUGAGUAAUAAUACAAGUGUUGAACGGCACUUUACUGCAAAUGUCGUCGAAUCGUUGAGUGUGCAGAAAAGUGUCGCCGUUCAACACUUGUCUCCUGCGAUGGCCUCAACGACAUCUGGAGGAAAACCAGCGACCAUCACACUUUCACUUCAAUCGAAUGCAACGUUAUCGGAUCGCUCACACAUUGAAUCUCCUUGUCGUACGACACAAAACAAACCUACGACGUCUUUGUAUGGAGUGGUGGUGCAUCCACCAAAAUCUCACCGUUCUUCAACGACACACAAAGUUUUUUCACACGAACCAAAAAAAGGAAUUCACCAUUCUCAUCUCUUGAAAAGGAGAAAUACUUUGGUGGGGGCUGGACCAUCUACUGAGCCUCUUUUUCAUUACUCUAGAAGAUUGAGUGUGGAUCAUGCAACAAUGGACAAUGUUUGGGGAAGAAUUAUGUACAACUCUGAGAGAGAAAUGAUCUUUCUAAAUUUUGAAAAUUUAAAGAUUGAAUCUGUGAAACAUUUACAAAAUAUUGCGACAUGCAUUUCAACUUUAUUGGGAGAUCGCGAGGAAAAGGUUGAACAACAUCAUCAUCCUCUUCGAGUAUUCUCUCGAAAGUCUAAAGAAGUACCACAUAUUGAAAAACGUAAAGUGAAAUGCUUUUUGAAUGAUGACGAUUUGGAUUGUCCUCCAAACCUACUGGAUAUGUACACUCAAAUUGUUCAUCUUAAUCCUAGGUUUGAGUCUGUGACCAAGUAUACCAACAAGAGUGUCUUGCAAGACCAUCAGAAAACAAUACAACAAUCUCUAGUUGAAUGUGAAAUUUAUUUGAAAACUCAUCCAUGUAUUUUAGAUCGAUUCGUGGUCAAUCCUGAUGAACAUAUUGGAAAGGGCACGUAUGGUACAGUUUCUGUUGCACUAGAUUUGAGUCUUGGUAGAAAGGUUGCAGUGAAACGGUUGUGUCGAAAAACCAUGAAACUGAUUGGCAUUGAGGACCAUGUGCGAAAUGAAAUGACCAUUCUCAAAUUAAUUAAGGAAAAUCCACAUCCAAAUAUUGUUCAAGUUCUUGACGUCUAUGAGGGAGAAGAAGAAUUCUUAUUUGUUAUGGAAUACUUGUCAGGUGGCUGCUUGGACAAUCCUUUGGUAGAAAAUGAACAGCAUUCAGAACGUCAGGUACAAAUUUAUUUUGCUCAAUUGGUGAAUGCAUUGGAUCACCUUCAUAACAAGUUAGGAGUUAUUCAUCGAGAUAUUCAGCCAUCAAACUGUUGCUUGGAAGGCAGUAGCAGCCUGAGCCCCGUGUAUGACAUGUUAGGAGGUGAAAAGAAUUUAUGUGUGAAAUUGGUUGAUUUUGGAAUGAGUUGUUUUAUGGAAAAGAAUUUAACACAAAAGACACAAACUUUAUUUUGUGGAAACAGUCAUUAUGCUUCUCCAGAAAUGAUCCUGAAAAAGCCCUAUGGACCUGAAAUGGACGUCUAUGCAUUGGGAGUUUUAGUUUACAAAUUAUUGACUGGAUACGUACCAUUCAGAGGUGCCCAACAAAAACUCUUAAUGCAAUUUACCAUCUCAUUGGAUGAUCCUGAUGAAGGAGAUGAAAAUUCUUCAGACUAUGGAAUGUAUGAUGAUGAAGAUGAGCGAGUGAAAUUAUCUCCAGCAUGUCGAGAUUUAUUAAAGAAAGUAUUGGAAGUGAAUGCAGAGACAAGAUUUGGAUUGGAACAAGUCAAACAACAUGAAUGGUAUCUUCAGGGAAAUGAAAUUGUCAAGCAAAUGUAUGCUGCCAUGAAUCAACAGCAAUCGCAUCACGAACAUGAGGAUAAUAUGGUGCUCGAAGAGCAUCCAACAGAGUCUUCUCACAGUGUGGACGACGUUGCAGAUGUCACACCACAUGUCACCACUGGCCUUGUUGAAAAUUGA